AAAAAAAAAAUACUUUAAAUAAUAUUUUUAAAAAAUCCAAAAGAAGCAUCUUCUUCCAUUUUCAUGAAACUUUUUUAGACCCAUUCUCUGUUUUGGACUCUCUCUAGACGCAUGGAAGCACUUCUUCUUGCCCAUUUCCCCAUUUCAUUCAAAUUCUGAGUUUCAACCCCUCAUUUCGGCUAGAAGAACAACAAGCCCUUCUCUUCAUGCUCUGAAACAGGUUAACUCCAUUAUAACUGCAGCCAAAGUUUUCAUUUGGGAAUAUCUUUAUGGCUUAUGGUAAUUCUAGAUCCAUAAGGUUCCAAGAUGAUCUCGAAUCGUCUGCCCUGCCUACUAUCAAUGGUGGCAGUGUCACAAAGAUCAUAUAUAACAUUGAUGGCACACAAAUACCGGAAUCGAGCAGCAAGAGAACUGUGGCUUCUAGGAAGUCUGGAAGAUCCCUGAGAGCUAAAGUUUUGUCUAGAGUUUUCUCAGAAGAUUAUGAGAGAGUACAAAGAAAAAUAUUGGAUCCUAGGGGACAAGUCAUAAGGCGAUGGAAUAAGAUAUUUUUAGUUGCUUGUUUAGUCUCUUUGUUUGUAGACCCUCUUUUCUUUUACCUGCCUGUGGUCAGGGAUGAGGUGUGCAUCGAUAUAGGAGUAGGUCUUGAAGUCGUCCUCACAACUAUAAGAUCAAUAGCUGAUGUUUUCUACACAAUUCAGAUUUUCAUUAAGUUCCGUACAGCUUAUGUUGCGCCCUCUUCUCGUGUAUUUGGGAGAGGAGAGCUUGUUAUAGAUCCUUGUAAGAUAGCAAUAAGGUAUCUACGCCAUGGUUUCUGGAUUGAUCUCAUUGCAGCCGUGCCAGUUCCACAGGUACUGAUCUGGAUUGUCAUUCCCAACCUUAGUGGUUCAACAAUGACGAACACCAAGAACUUCCUAAGGUUCUUCCUCAUAUUCCAGUACCUCCCAAGGCUUUUUCUCAUAUUUCCUCUCUCAACACAAAUUGUUAAGGCCACUGGACUUGUGACACAAACAGCAUGGGCUGGAGCUGCUUAUAACCUGAUUCUUUAUAUGUUGGCAAGCCAUGUUUUAGGAGCCUGCUGGUACCUUCUUUCAAUUGAGCGUCAAGAAGCAUGCUGGAGAAGACUUUGUAUGUUUGACAAAUCUUGUACAGAUGGAUUCUUCGACUGUCAUAAGGUCGAUAACCCUCAAAGGGACUCGUGGUUUAAUAAGAGCAACAUUAAAAGUUCAUGCAAUCCAAAUGGUUCCUUUUAUCAAUUCGGUAUAUAUGGUGAUGCAAUAACUUUCCAUGUCACAACCUCAGCAUUUUUCAACAAGUACUUCUACUGUCUUUGGUGGGGCCUGAAAAAUCUCAGUUCCUUGGGACAAAAUCUUGCCACAAGCACUUUUGUUGGGGAAAUAAUUUUUGCCAUUAUUGUGGCAACUCUUGGACUGGUUCUGUUUGCAUUGCUCAUUGGUAAUAUGCAGAAAUACCUCCAAUCAACAACGGUUCGAUUAGAAGAGUGGAGAAUAAGGAGAACUGAUACGGAACAAUGGAUGCAUCACAGGCAACUACCUCCAGAGCUCAGACAAUCUGUCCGCAGAUAUGAUCAGUAUAAGUGGGUAGCAACUCGAGGAGUCGAUGAAGAAGUGUUGCUUAGAAGCCUUCCCUUGGAUCUCCGAAGAGACAUAAAACGUCACCUUUGCCUUGACCUCGUUCGAAGGGUUCCAUUGUUUGAUCAAAUGGACGAAAGAAUGCUAGAUGCAAUAUGCGAGAGACUUAAACCUGCCUUGAGCACAGAAGGCACAUUUCUCGUGCGAGAAGGCGACCCCGUCAAUGAAAUGCUAUUCAUAAUCAGAGGUCAUCUCGACUCAUACACCACUAAUGGUGGUAGAACUGGGUUUUUCAACUCCUGUCGUAUUGGCCCAGGUGAUUUCUGUGGUGAGGAGCUGCUGACUUGGGCUCUCGACCCUCGUCCAAGUGUUGUACUUCCUUCUUCCACUCGCACAGUCAAAGCCAUCUCUGAGGUAGAAGCAUUUGCUCUCAUAGCAGAGGACUUGAAAUUUGUAUCCUCCCAGUUCAGAAGACUACACAGCAAACAACUGAGACACAAGUUUCGAUUCUACUCGCAUCAAUGGCGAACAUGGGCUGCAUGCUUUGUUCAAGCAGCAUGGCGGAGAUAUAAGAGACGCAAAGAGCGAGCUGAGCUCAGGGCUAGAGAGAGUUAUCCAGCUACCAAAGUUGAGUCCCCGCUUUCACCACCAACGACAUCAAACUUGGAUUCACGCCCAGGAAACGCUAGAAGGGGAUUGAAUAAGCGUUGUGUGUCGGAUGCUGGUGUCGUAAGCUCGUUGCAGAAGCCAGAAGAGCCUGACUUCUCCAUCGUCGAGGAAUAAAGUGAUUGAUCAAAGCUCGGCUGAAAAACCAGCAACUUUAGUCUGUACAGGUGGGGUGUGAAUGGUGAAGCUAUACUACUAUUGGUUGUUCCGUGUAAAAUGAAAGUUUGCUCAAGAAAAUUUGAUGUGGGGAUUUUUGUUGACCUUUUUUUUUUGUUAGGAUGUGGUGUUAGUGUAACACCGUGCAAAAACCAGGGAAAAUAGCUCAAAGAGAUGUAUGAAUGAUGUAAAGCAGCACAAUAAGUUUCUAUAAUUUGUAUGUUAAGUGUUGUGAUCGGGUUUGAUUAACUUCUUAAACUCCAUGUUUGAAGUUUUACA